AUGAAAUUCUCACUCGCUCUUGUCGCGCUCGUUGCUGCUGUUUCUGCAGUCCCAGUUAAACGCUCGGACGGUGGCUCUGGUGAAUGGGCAAAUGGUGCUACCUCCAACACUGCUGCUACAUCUGGUUCAUCAAAGGGCUCAGAUGGCGAUCUCCUCAAGCGUGGCAUUGACUUGAAGCGUGGUGAGCACGACGGUGACUCAACCUGGGCAAAUGGCGCCACCUCCAACACUGCUGCUACCUCUGGUUCAUCAGAGAACUCAGAUCAUGAUCUCCUCAGAAGAGGACGCCUUACACGUGGUGAGCACGGUGGUGACGCUACCUGGGCAAACGGUGCUACAUCAAACACUGCUGCUACAUCCGGUUCAUCAGAGAACUCAGAUGGUGACCUUCUCAGAAGAGGACUCAAGCGUGAUGAAUGGGCUAAUGGCGCUACCUCAAACUCUGCUGCCACCUCAGGUGAAUCCAAACACUCAGACGGUGACCUCCUCAAGCGUAAACUCAAGCGCGAUGACUGGGCAACUGGAGCUACCAGCUCUUCAAGUGCAGGUAGUGGAUCCUUUGAUCACAACGAUGGUGAUCUCCUUAAGCGUGGUGUUACUGAAGAGGGUUUCGAUCCUGUCAAUGGUGGUAUUAGACGUGGUGUUGACCUCGAUGAUGAUCUCCUCAAGCGUGAUGUUGCUGAAGAGGGUGUGCUCAGUAAGCGUCAAGAGGAAGAAGAGUAA